UAUGCCGACAAGGUGGAGAGCCGUCACCCAGGUAGAGGUCCGCUUUGUCAACCAGCUGGGCGUCCGUACGAAACCCGCAGCAGACUCUACCUGUUUGUACUCUGCAUCUCUCUAUUAUACUUUUCAGUUGCGUGCGAGAGAAAGGGCGGGUGGCCUACCCGUCCCACCUGGCGCCGCAACAAUUGUAGCCAAUUUACUAUUGACACCUAAGUGUGUCCUUCAGGCUCUGAGAAACAUAACAGUCAAGAUAUCCCACAACAAUGUUCGUCUUUGAACAAUAUAGUUUGGGAAAAACAAGUGAGAGUGAAACGGUCAAGAUGUCUUGACCAGAAAAACAAGUGAGAUAUAAAAACAGGUGAGUGAAAAACAAUUUAUAUAACCAUGGUUGCACAAUACAUUUGGGUAUUCGACGGUUAUGGGAAGCAUCACUAAUUAACACUCCUUUCACCAGCCAAUCGCAGGGCACAGAGAGACAGACAGCAGCCGCACUCACAAUUGCACCAAGGUGAAAUUUAGAGUGUCCAAUUAAUGUUGCAUGUUUUUGGAAUGUGGGAGGAAACUGAAGUGCCCAGAGAAAACCCACACAGGCACGGAAGAGAACAUGCAAACUCUACAUAGGUGGGGCCGGGAUUUAACCCGGCACCUCAGAACUGUGAGGCCAACGCUUUCCAGCUGAGACACACACACAGGAUGAGGCUGCAUGAUUCGCAGGGGUUGUGUCCCUUACACCCCCACGAAUAACGGAAAUUCGCAAAUAAUGGUUAUAGUAUUAAUAUUCCCAUCUAUGAUAUGUACCAUAUUUUUGCAACCAUAGAAUGAACUUCAAAGUCUUACAUUUUCUUCAAAAUGGAUAGCAUGCCUGAUGUGCACAAUUGUUGUGUAUCUUGUCAAAUGAAGUACACUUGAACACGUUGUUACCAAGUAUGCUAGCACAUGUUUUUGUGUGUAUGAAAGCUACCAUGAGAUGGCGCUCACAAGGCAGAGCAGAACAAUUGUUUUUAGAUCUGUAAGAAGCUUACAGGCGAAGAACCACCUCAGUGCCUCAAAGCAUACUGGGAGGAUGAAACACGAGGCCGACAGAAAAUCUGAACCUUCUGCAAACCCAUGUGGACAAUUUUCACUGUCCCACUACCGUCAAAUAGAAGCAUCGAAAAAGGCGACUGUGGGGGGUGUGAUCCAGACUUGACCCUUUUAGGGAGUACCAAGUCAACUCCCUAGUGCGGUCUUGGUGUGAAAAUGUGUGCAAAAAGCACAGCAGAUUACGAGGAAGAACUUUGGGGCCCAAAAGAGCAAAAAAAGCCACAACCUCAACUACUGGACACAGUCUUCGAUCUGCACCCUCAAAAAGUGCUACGAAGGGCAGAUGUCAGUGAAAAUCUUUAUCCAACGGGGCAGCAGUUAAUGUCCCGUCACAUUGAAGAGAAAGAGGUUCAAUGGAUCAAAGAGGAGGAGGAAGAGUUCCUACAUUUGAAAGAUGAAAAGCUGGAGGAACUCAUCCAGGUUCCAUCCACUGGUGUCCAUUUGAAGCCUUUGAAGAUUGAAGAUGGUCAAAGUAAGGAGAGACAAAGGGCUGAGACUCCAAGGAGGAAGAGCUCAAGUGAUGGAGACCGUUAUGAAGGAUCACAGACUGACAGUGAUGAUGAACAGUCAAAAGAUGUCAGUGAAAAUGUUCAAGAGCAGCAGCAGUCCUUUUCCCGUCACAUCAAAGAGGAAGAGGAGGGUGAAGAAGUUCAACACAUCAAAGAGGAGGAGGAAGAGUUCCUACACAUAAAAGAGGAAGAGGAGGAAGAAAUCAUCCAGGUUCCAUCCACUGGUGUCCGUUUGAAGAGUGAAGAUGAAGGUCAUAGUGAGGAGAGACGAGGGGCGGAGCCUCCAAGCUGGAACUGCUCAAGUGAUGGAGACCACAGUGGAGCAUUCCAAACAGACGAUGACGAUGGUGAUGAUGAACAGUCGGAAGGUGAUAGGACAUAUCACGCUGCUUACAAAUGCUGGAAAUGUUCUCAAUGUCGGAAAACUUUUGCUUCUAAGAACAAUUUAAAAAAACACAUGAAAAUACACACAGGUGAGAAGCCUUUUGCGUGCUCAGUUUGCGGUCAAAGCUUCUCACGGAAGGACCACUUAAAAAUACACACAAGAACACAUACUGGUGAGAAGCCUUUUUCCUGCUCAGUUUGUGGUCAAAGAUUUUCUCAGAAGGGACAUUUUAAAAUACACACAAUAACACACACUGGUGAGAAGCCUUUUUGCUGUGCAGUUUGUGGUCAAAGAUUUUCUCAGAAGGGUUAUUUUAAAAUGCACACAAGAACACACACCGAUGAGAAGCCUUUUUCCUGCGCAGUUUGUGGUCAAAGAUUCACACGGAAGUACCACUUAAAAAUACACACAAGAACACACACUGGUGAGAAGCCUUUUUCCUGUUUAUUUUGUAGUCAAAGAUUCUCUGCCAAAAGAAACGUAAAAACUCACAUGAGUACACACACCGGAGAGAAACCUUUUUCGUGCUCAAUUUGUGGCCAAAGAUUCUCCAUCAAGAGCAGCUUAAAAAGACACACAAGAACCCACACUGGAGAGAAACCUUUUUCCUGCUUAGUUUGUGCUCAACGAUUCUCCCUGAAAGGACACUUAAAAAGACAUACAAGAACACACACUGGUGAGAAACCUUUUUCCUGUUCAGUUUGUAGUCAAAGAUUCUCUCAGAAAGGAAUCUUACAAAAACACACAAGAACACACACUGGUGAGAAACCUUUUUCCUGUUCAGUUUGUAGUCAAAGAUUUUCUCAGAAGGGAACCUUACAAAAACACACAAGAACGCACACUGGUGAGAAACCUUUUUCCUGUUUAGUUUGUGGUCAAAGAUUCUCUCGGAAGGAAAGCUUAAAAAUACACACAAGAACACACACCGGUGAGAAACCUUUUUCCUGUUUAGUUUGUGGUCAAAGAUUCACUCAUAAGGGAAGCUUAAAAUCACACACAAGAACACACACUGGUGAGAAACCUUUUCCCUGCUUAGUUUGUGGUCAACGAUUCUCUUAUAAAUAUCAAGCUCAGACACACAAGUGUGCUGGUGAGAAUGGCAGUGACCAAGAAGGAUCUAAUGCAUAUAUGAAGAUUUUAAAAAAGUAAUAGCUGUGUUCCUGACUUAGAAAAGUCAACAUUCUUCUUUGUACGAGCUUGCUUCAUCUCUUCUUGUUUUUUUUUUUUUUAUAAUAUCCUGAAAAAUGUAAAAUAGGACUAAUUAUUAACACUUUAUAGGAUAAUGCCUACAUUUUCCCAUACCAGCAAUGCAUGCCCUUUUGAAUAUUCAAUUUUUGGUAAUGAAAAGUUAGCAUUUUUAAUGGAAUUAAUUUCUUUCCCAAUUCCUCCAUGUACUGAUAUUUUUUUUGGGGGGAGGGGCAGAAAAAAUGAACCUGUUUGUGAUAUAUGGACCACGAAGACUCAUACUUGAGCAACGGAAGCAUUUUGUCUAUUUUAGUGAUGUCGGUAUCAAAAAACUCAUUGAUUGAAGUAAGACUAAGAAGUCAGGUAACUUGGACUUUUGGCUGAAAUUGUUGUGUAUUUAUGAUGAAAUAUGCCCUUAAGACAAGGAGGUUGACUUUAUUUGUGUAUCAAAUCUAUUUCCUCCAUUUAAAGAUUACUGAAAUGUCUUUUAUUCAUCGGAAAAUCUCCCAAAAGAAAUAUAAAACAUGGCCCAAGAGACAAGACCAACGUGGAAAAACUGGAAAGCUGGGCACCGUAAAGGAUAACAAUCAGAUAGUGACGAUAAAAAUGUGACAAAUAUUGAUAAAUAGUUGGCGAAUGAAGAAAAUAGAGAAGGAAGAGUAGAAGAGGCAAGGGUGAAGGGCCAGGAAGUGGCAAUGAUUAGUAAGGGGGAAGUUAGAAAGACAUUAAAGAGGAUGAAAAAUGGAAAGGCAGUUGGUCCUGAUGACAUCCCUGUGGAGGUAUGGAAGCAAUUUGUCUAGGUGGCUGUGGAGUUUUUGACCAAGUUUUCAUCAGAAUACUAGUGAGCGAGAAAAUGCCUGAAGAAAGGAGGAAAAGUGUGCUAGCUCCCAAUUUCAAUGGAAAUGUCAGUGUGGGAAAACUUUUGCCUUUUCAAUUUUUUGGUCAAACAGUCUCUAUCAUCAAGCUUUCAUUUAAAACGUAAAUGUUUAAUAUUAAAAAACGACGACUGUACACAUUAACAAAUCAAGAAUUGUGUAUUUUACCUACCAUGUUUAUCUUCAUGUUGUCUUUGUUUUUUCUCAAAACUUCCUGUGGGCAAAUGUUAAAAAGUAAUAACAAGUAAUGCAGUUUUUCUCAAUCAUGAAGUAAUGUCUUUAUCAUAUGAAUAAUUGUGUUAUUGAAGUACACUGAAAAGAAGUAUUGCCUUUUCAUG